AUGGCGCUCGCCGCGUCGGUGCGCGAACCGUGUGCGUCGCUCGCUGUCGACACGCGCAUCCUCGUGCACAGCGAUGCGCUGAAGGACGCAGGCAUCCCCACGGGCGCGCACGUCCUUGUCACCGCGUCCGACGAGGCGCUCGGUGCCGUCGCAGGCACCGUGUGGCCCGACUUUGAUGCGCCGCGCGGCACGGUGUCGCUGCCCGCCCUGAUGGCGCCGCGCGCGCUGCACGGGCAGCCCGUGCGUCUCGCCGCGCUGCGCGACGCGCCGUGCGCGACGAGCGUCGUUCUCGCGCUCGAGGCUGGCGAUGCGCCGCCCGCGGAGCUGCUGCGCACCGUGUUCCUGCAUACGCUGCGUACGUAUCGAUCGCUCACACCAGUCGACGUAGGCGCCGUGGUCGUCGGCACGACGUACACGCUCCCGUGCCUCGGGCACACGGUGUGCGCGCGCGUCGAGCGCGCGCACCCGGCGCACACUGUGCGCAUCACGCGCGAGACGCACCUGGCGCUCGAGGCGUCGGCGCCCGCGCCCGCGACGCUCGUCGACGCGUCCGCGUACCAGGCGCUCGGCGGGCUCGACACGCAGAUUGCGGCGAUCCGCGCCCUGGUCGAGCUCCCGCUCACGCAGCCGGCGCUCUUUGCGCGGUACGGCCUCACGCCGCCGCGCGGCGUGCUGCUGUAUGGCCCGCCCGGCACCGGCAAGACGUCGCUCGCGCGCACCGUCGCGGCGUCCCUGCAGGCGCACGUCAUCACGAUCGACGGCCCCGAGCUGUCGUCCAUGUACCAUGGCGAGACCGAGGCCAAGCUGCGCGCCGUGUUUGCGGCGGCGGCCACGCACGAGCGGAGCAUCGUGUUUAUCGACGAGAUCGAUGCGCUCGCGCCGCGCCGCGACGCGAGCUCGUUCGCGCAGAGCGACGGCGCCGGCGACGUCGAGCGCCGCGUCGUGGCGACGCUCCUCACGCUCCUGGACGGCAUGGGCUCGGCUGCGACGCGCACGCCCGGGGGCGCGCCGUCGCGCAUGGUUGUGCUCGCCGCGACGAACCGCCCGAACGCGCUGGACCCCGCGCUGCGGCGCCCCGGGCGCCUCGACCGCGAAAUCGAGGUCGGCGUGCCGGACGCGGCCGCGCGGCACUCGAUCCUCGGGGUGCUGCUCCGCCCCGUGCCGCACGCGCUCGCGCCCGAGGAGGUGCGUGCGCUCGCCGCGCGGACGCACGGCUACGUCGGCGCCGAUCUCGCCGCGCUCGUGCGCGAGGCGGGCCUGACGACGAUCACGCGCGGUCUCGGCGCGCCGCUGCACGACGGGCUCGCGGCCCUGUCGCUGGGCGAUGCGCCCGCGCCCGCGCCCGUGACGCUCGCUGACUUUACCGCGGCGCAGGCCGUGGUGCGCCCGUCGGCGAUGCGCGAGGUGUUCGUCGAGACGCCCAAAGUGACGUGGGCGGACAUUGCCGACGACGACCGCGCCCACGACAGCGUGCAGCGCCAGAUCCGCGAGUGCGUCGAGGGGCCGCUCCGCCACGCGGCGGCGUUUGCGCGCCUCGGCAUCGACGCGCCGCGGGGCGCCCUGCUGUAUGGCCCGCCGGGCUGCAGCAAGACGCUCACGGCGCAGGCGCUCGCGCGCGAGAGCGGGCUCAACUUCCUCGCGGUGCGCGGCCCCGAGCUGCUGAGCAAGUAUGUCGGCGAGUCGGAGCGCGCCAUCCGCGAGGUGUUCCGGCGCGCGCGCGCGGCGGCGCCGUCGAUCGUCUUCUUCGACGAGAUCGAUGCGAUCAGCGGCGUGCGCAGCAUGGACGCGAGCCAUGGAUCGAGUGACCGCAUCGUCGCGAGCCUGCUUACCGAGAUGGACGGCAUCGACGCGGCGAGCCACGUCGUGGUCGUCGCCGCGACGAACCGCCCCGACUGCAUCGACCCCGCACUGCUGCGCCCCGGGCGCUUGGACCGACUCGUGUAUGUCGGCCCGCCCAGCGCGACCGUCCGCGAAAAGAUCCUCGCGAUGCGCACGCGCCGCAUGGCCCUCGCCGACGACGUGGAUCUGGCCGCCGUCGCGGCCGUCGCGACGGGCUGCUCAGGCGCCGAGGUCGUGGGCAUCUGCCAGGAAGCCGGCCUCCGGGCCAUCGGCGAGGAUCCAAGCUGCGCGCACAUCGCGCAGCGCCACUUGAUAGAGGCCGCGCAGCACAUGCCGCGGCGCAUCACGCCCGCGAUGCUCGCGCAGUACGACGCGUGGCGGCAGCGCAUGGCCAGGUAG